GUGUAUGUGUGUGUAAUGCGAUAGUCUCCGUUUUUAUGCCUUCGCCCUCCUCAUUCGUGUAGAGCAGUCCAAGGGAAGGAAAGAGGCGAGAGAGAGAGGGAGAGAGCGCGCAGACUGGAACAGGAGCUCAAAGGCGACAGAUCUUUUUUUAACACAUCCCAAGAAACACUAAAGUGGUGGGCCGCACUUUAAAAAUAAGAAGGGCUACUCCCUCUCUCAACUUAGGUCUAUAUUGGCACGGAGCUAAGUUUUAAGGGGGGCUUGUGUGGGCGGGACAUUGUUUGAGGACUCUUACAAAGGUGCAAUCGCCGGUAUCAUCGCCGACCUAACGCCACUCUCCGUAUCUCUCUUCCCCUGUAUCGCCGAGAGAUUUGCUUCUUGUUCGGACCGCGUCUCAUUCAGUGUUACAACAUCUCCAAGGAUGUAACACGGAGGCAGAGAGAGAGAGACAGGAAACCUUCAAAUCAGCUAACAGAGGAAGUGACACCAACCCAUGCUUAAAGAGAAGAGGGCAUAUUUUUUUCGUUCUGUAAUUGUUUUUGAAGAGAUAUAGAGAGAUUGUAGAGUGGAGUAUCAAGCGUGAUAGAAGCCUCUGUGAGUGAGUGUGUGUUGUGAGAGAGAGAGACACACACACGGGGACAUCGCACACCUCCUAGUGGGACAAGACACAGCUUGGGAACGCACGGAAUAUAACGGGACUUGAUCACGCCUGGGGUCUGUCUGAAGUGGAAUUUACAAUUAAAAAAAACAACCCAAAGGAACCCUCCGGGGAACGGGCGCGGAGAGAAGAUGUACGGGAGUGCGGGUUCGGCAGCUCUCCUGUGGAUCACUUGCUGUUGUUUUCUCAAACUUGGAGCUGAGCAGAAUGGGAACGAUCCUUGUGGAAAGCAGCUGAAUGCGAGGGAAGCGGGUUACAUCACCUCGCCAGGAUACCCUCAUGACUAUACACCGCACCAGAGGUGUGAGUGGGUCGUCCGAGCCCCCGAGAACCAUCAGAAAAUCCUGCUGAACUUUAACCCCCACUUUGAACUGGAAAAGCAUGACUGCAGGUACGACUACAUUGAAAUCCGGGAUGGAGAUGGGGAGAGUGCGGACCUGCUGGGAAAGCACUGCGGAAACAUUGCUCCCACGUCGAUCAUCUCCUCGGGCUCUGCGCUUUACAUCAAGUUUGUGUCGGAUUAUGCGCAACAGGGAGCAGGAUUCUCGCUGCGUUACGAGAUCUUCCGAACAGGGUCAGAUGAUUGCUCCAAGAAUUUCACGGCUCUCAGUGGUGUGAUCGAGUCUCCCAGUUUUCCCGACAAGUACCCUCACAACCUCUACUGCACUUACAUCAUCCUGGCUCCGCCCAGGUCAGAGGUGACCCUCACCAUGCUGAUCUUUGACCUGGAGUUUGACCCUUUACAGAUAGGGCCAACCGACUGUAAAUACGACCAUCUUGCUAUCUGGGAUGGAUUUCCUGAAGUGAGUCCUCUGAUCGGUCGCUAUUGUGGCUCAAAGAUCCCAGCUGUGAUCCGCUCUGAUACUGGUAUCAUGUCGCUGACGUUCCACACAGAUAUGGCUGUGGCGAAAGACGGCUUCUCGGCUGAGUACAACAUCACCACGAAAGAAACGCAGGAUUCCUCCCAGUGCAACAGCCCGCUGGGUAUGGAAUCUGGUCAGAUCAGCAACAUGCAGAUCAAGGCUUCGUCCUCCUAUAUUUCUGGGAACUGGGAAGCGAGCCAAGGUCGACUCAAUCACAACAUCAACGGUUGGACACCAGGCGAAGACACCACCAAGGAAUGGAUCCAGGUGGACCUGGGGAUUCUAAAGAUUCUGACUGGUAUUGCCACCCAGGGGGCGAUCUCUGUGGAUACAUCGAAAACCUACUAUGUCAGCAGCUACAAGCUGGAUGUGAGCUCCAACGGUGAGGACUGGAUGACCUACCGACAAGGGAAGAACCACAAGUUAUUUGCGGCCAACACGGAUGGUAACGAGGUGGUGCUGAACACGCUGACCCCGCCUGUGGUCGCUCGCUUUGUUCGUAUUAGGCCUCAGGUCUGGACAAACGGCAUUUCCAUGCGUUUUGAAGUCUACGGCUGCCAGAUGACAAAUGCACCUUGCUCCGACAUGCUGGGAAUGAUGUCUGGGUUCAUCCCUGACUCAUUGAUCACCUCCUCCUCCACACGGGACUAUCACUGGUCAUCAGGCAGUGCCCGGCUCGUUGCCAGCCGCUCCGGAUGGUACCCACGGCAACCUCACCCCGUGUCUGGCACAGAGUGGAUUCAGUUGGCCCUGCUCACCCCCAAGGCCGUCAGUGCCAUCAUCAUCCAGGGGGCACGUGGAGCAUCGUCCAUGGGUGGUGGGAUGGGCGGCGACAAUAAGGCUUUUGUGCGGAAGUUUAAAUUAACCUACAGCAUGAACGGAGUCAACUGGACCUUCGUCAAGGAAUCCGGAGGACAGAGGCACAAGAUGUUUGAAGGGAACAUAAAUUAUGAUACUCCCGAGAUUCGACGAUUUGAUCCUGUGCCUGCACGGUUUGUCCGAGUGUAUCCGGAGAGGUGGUCUCCUGCUGGAAUUGGGAUGCGUUUCGAGUUGCAGGGCUGUGAUUUACUGGCAACCACCACGUCUGCUGCCACUGUUGUAUCCACACAGUGGGCUGUGGAGAAUGCCACGGAAGCUCCUUGUGUGGACGAGGCUGACCCUGCAUGUAUGGUCGGCUCCCAUGUUCUCGAAAUCAAUCCCAGCAUCGACGGCUUCAACUGCAGUUUUGGGGACUCACAAGGCAAUGAGCUCUGUGGCUGGUCACCUGACUCUUCAGCCCUGACAAAAUGGACUGUCCACUCUGGGAGUCCAACGACUGAAGACCUGGGGCUCAACUCUCACCACCAUGCAGAUAAAUGGAAUUACCUGCGCUUAGAAACUUAUAAGAUGCUGGAAGGGCAGCGAGCCAGGCUCCUUAGUCCCAUAGUGCCGCCCCUGAACAGACACCGUUGCAUGGUGUUUGGGUAUCAGAUGCACGGUGACAAUGUAGGUACUCUAAGGGUACUGCUGAGGAAGAAAACAGAUGAUGUGAUGCUCUGGUCAUUGAGAGGAGAUCAGGGUGACAAGUGGAAAGAGGGAAGGAUCAUCCUACCAGGAUAUAACAGUGACUAUCAGGUCAUCAUUGAAGGCAUUGUAGGAAAAAAUGCGAGUAAAGAGAUGGGCAUUGAUGACAUUGCCAUCGCAUCUCAUGUCUCGCUUGACCAAUGCAUUCAGCCCACCAGUGCCUUUCCUGGAAUCCCCACUAGUGAGACACCAACAGCAAAAGAAAUGAUAUCCGUGGAUGAAGGGACCCGGUUUGAACCCAAUGAGGAGGCUGACUUCAACAUUUACAGGAAAGGUAUGGGGCUUGAAGGAGACGCGAGCACGAUGUUACCCUCCAAUGGGAUGUCGGUCACGCCAACGUCAGGACGAGACAAGAACUGGCUCUAUUCCCUGGACCCAAUCCUGGUCACGAUCAUCGUCAUGAGCUCUGUGGGGGUUCUCCUGGGAGCAGUCUGUGCCGGGCUCUUGCUGUACUGCACCUGCUCCUACGCUGGCCUCUCCAGCCGGAGUUCAACUACCCUGGAGAACUACAACUUUGAACUGUACGACGGGAUCAAGCAUAAAGUGAAGAUGAACCAGCAGAAGUGCUGCUCCGAGGCCUAAUCCACCUCACAGCAGAAGGCCUUGUUGUUAUUAGUAACUUGGAACCAACAAACGCAAAGGUGCAGUGAGUGAAGAACUGCCUUUGAAUCGUAACCAUUUACAUUCUGACGUGCCCAGAACAAGUCACAUUAUCCCCUGUUGAUUGUGGGGUCUAUUUAAUUAACACUUGGUCAGCACUAAAGAGCCUUAACUUGACUAUUUUCCCACGGAUAUGAGCCAUCGUUACUGCCUUGACUGUGACCUUUGGGGUGACGUAAGAGUGGGCCAACUAGACAUUGGUUGUUAACAGAGGUUAAUUCUGUUCUGUGCUGCAAAGGGAAGCAUCAUUUCUUUCAAACCAGCCGCAACGUUGGCCUGUUGUGCCACGUAGCUUUUUCGUGCUUUGCUUUCGCCCUUCAACUUUCCGACCCAACGGCUGAUGCCUGCAAAGCUGUGGUGGGGGUCCUAACUGGAAUAGAAUUCAAGUCAGCCAUCACCUCAAGUUUACCAUUGGGACCCGACAGGCCGGAAUGUACACUAUUGCCUGCAACUUCAUGGUUCGUUGGUGUCAAGCAACCUCAACCAUUUAAGCAGCUUAAAGAAAUUGUGGACUAUAUGCAGAGUGCCUUUAGACAAGUGUGAUCUAUUAGCUUUGGCAAAAUAGUUUUGACAUUCUUCCUGUCCGGGACAGAAGAGUGUUUUAUUGGGCGCUGCCUUGAUGUUUAUGCAGUGCCUGGUCAGAAGAUUUUAUCUAUUAUUAUUUAAUAUACAGUGCAUUGACAUUCCAGACGGUGUUUCUGUCUGCUUUGAGAGGGGAGGAGGGCUGUGAGAGGGGAAGGGGGUGGGGGCUAUUACUUUUUGGGAACAGGUCAUAUGGUGGAAAAGAAAAUUCACUACAGAAGCUUUAAUCUGAGGCAAGAUUGGAGGGCUUAGAUGGAUGGCUCUGGGCAGAGUUGAAUGCUACACUUCACCAGGCCUUAUUCACAAAAUGGGCCCAGCCACCCUCAUUCAUCACAAGGCAAAGGCCUCAAACCCAGAAAAGUAAAAUCGGCCUUUUAUAGGAAGAGACUGCUGGCUUCUGUAAGAUUGGUCUUGUUAGAUAAUAGUGUUACAAGGUUGGUUCAAAUGAGGUUGUGCAGGGUUUACAGGGUUAUAUUUGGUUGAAUAGGCAUCAGUGUUACAAUCUUUCAACAACCCACUGUCGAAUGGUAUAUUUGUGCAUUCCUUUGUACAAUGCUGACUGUUCACUGACUCACGAUUUUAUUAGAAAUCUGCAACUCCUCUCUAACCUCCACUUCUUGAAGAGACUCUGAUGUCACAGACACCAGCAUCUCCUUAGGUGUUUUGGCCCAGGCACCACCUUCAUUUGUAACAACCAGUAGAAAACCAGUCAAUGAAUUUGGAAGACAAGCCUGACACUGAUGUACACAUUCUGGAAUUAGGAGUAUCAUUAAUACUGAUAGCAUUUAUUGCCUGCCCCAACUAUCCACUGACAAAAAUGGUGGUGAGUCAUCUUCACUUUUGGGUUACAACUCUGGUGGAUGCCCUCACUAGGCUGCUCGGCUGGACAGUCCAGGGUACUCACCCAGGAUAUUGACCCAGGCACUUGGAUUUCCGAGUCAAGCUGAUGCUGGUAUCAGAGAAGAAGCUGGCACAGCUGCCUUAGUCUUUGUAGCAGGUUGUAGGGAGAUAUUUCCAGCAUGUCUCUCAUGACCUUCAGACACAAUAUCUGGUCAAAUAGAGAGUGUACCAGUAAAUACUCCAGGGCCGAUGAAUAAGCCCAGCCCAUUGGGAAGUGUGUGUGGAGAGCCAAACCUUUGUUGGGUAGAACCAAUAAAGUUAUCAUUUGUCCUAUCAGAAGGGAAGGAGAUUGUAACACAGGUCCCCAGACACAUACGGUUAAUAUACCAUCUCUCCCCCCCACCCUAUUCAAAGAUUAUUGCCACAGUAAGGCAUCUAAAGAUUCAGUUUGUGCACAACACUUUCCCUGGACUAUACUGUGUAUUAUAUCAUGUACGUCUUACACAUCCUUGUUUAUGAGACUGUGUACAGUGUUAUACUGUAUCUCUUACAUAUCCAUAGUGCACAGUUUAUACCUGAAAUGGCCAUUUCACAUCUACUGUCCAUUACUCAUGAACACAGCCAUCACACCACAUCUGACGGUGCAGACAUUAUGGUGCUAAUUUUCACUCCUGGUCCUGAUUCACUGAACCUCACCAAACCUUGUGGCCUGCUCUGUGUAAACUCAUCAGAGGCAAAAGGCUGUGUAAAAUGCGAUAGUGGAUUGGCAUCUCACUGCUUAACAAGCGGGAAAUGCUGAGUAUGCGCUCAAUCCUCCGACAGCGAGAAGCUGAAACGCUGUUCAAAUGUCUUUACGGAAAUUUUUAGAUGUACAGGAUGGAUUAAGGGAUAGGGAUGUGUUGAUUGGAUAAGAUGAAGCAAAGUGGGUGCUCGAUAGAAACAUUAAACAAUGUCACAGAUCUGUAGGGCCACAUUGGCUGUUCUUGUGCUGUAAGUGCUACGUAUUUCUACCAUUUCUUGUGUGCCACUGUGUGUGUAUAUUUUUUAUGAUGCCAUUUUACAUUCAAGCUGGAUUGUAGACCCAUAUGUAAAUUGUAACUGUGCUGCCAAUAGUGUGUUUGUUUGUGUGUGUGUGUAUGUAUGUAUGUGUGUGUGUACGCACGUGUGAGUCCAUGCAUGUGCAUGUACAUAGGUGCAUGUGCGUGUAUAUGUGUUCAUGCGUAUGCGUGCGCAUGUAAACAGGUGCAUAUGUAAAUAUGCGCCUGUGUGUGUGUGUGUGUGUGUGUGUGUGUGUGCGUGUGUGUGUGUGAAUGGCCGUUUGCGUGACUGCGUGUGCGCGACAGAGUGUGUAUGCGUCUGUGUGCACCUCAGUGUGUGAAGUCCGCAUACAUAUAUACAUUCGUACACAGAUGCUUGUGUGUAUAUGAGUGAGCGUGCUUGCGUAGGUGUGUUUGAGGUGAUGUAUCUAGUUCCACAUGACUGGGCAUUCAGUGCCUUCCCGGCAGUCCAUUGAACGGUGGACAGAAGGAGGGGCAAGUGGGGUGGUGGCACUUGCCCGCAUUAUUGGAUGGAUCGUCAAAGCUGCUCCUGCCCUGUAGGAGAGGAGAUUUUUCUCUGACAAGGGAUUUGCAUUUAGCUGGUCUUCUCUGAGUUCCCAUUGCUAACUGAUGGGAAAGAGCAGCAACGACUUGAGAUCAAUGCUGGAGGUAUCCACAUACCCAGUCUCCCGUGAUGACGUAAAUGACCGUAUGCCUUGUAGAUUUGAAAUACUGUCUUAAUAAAGUCAUUGUAAUGGAAUAGCUACUCCACAAGCUGAAUGCAUUACUGAAGAGAUAGUUCCAUAUGAUAAAUGCCUCAAUAAAAAAAAGUCAUCAUAAAAAUGUUGAAAUGAGAA